GCAUGUGAAAUCCGACACGACACAACUUCACCCCAACCCAGCAGCUACCGACACCCCUUCUCUCUCUCUCCCUCUCUCUCACUGACCUACCAGUGGUGUGGAGAGCAGAAAAGGCUGCGCAGGUGGACUGGUAGCAAGCACGAGGGUCAAAGGUUGGUUUGGUAGUACAACCGAGUUCUAUUUUUCUCUCUGUGGUGAGGUGUAUUGAACUUGUUUGUGCAACUGAAAGCAAGAGUUUGUUCUUGGAAAUGGCAAACAUAGACAUCGAGGGAAUCUUGAAGGAACUGCCGAAUGAUGGCCGUAUACCAAAGACGAAGAUCGUUUGUACCCUUGGACCAGCUUCUCGAAGCGUGCCAAUGAUCGAGAAGCUUCUGAGGGCGGGUAUGAAUGUUGCCAGAUUCAACUUCUCCCAUGGUACUCAUGAAUACCACCAGGAGACCUUGAACAAUCUUAGGAUUGCCAUGCACAACACCGGCAUCUUGUGUGCUGUCAUGCUUGAUACCAAGGGACCUGAGAUUCGAACUGGUUUCCUAAAGGAUGAAAAGCCUAUACAACUCAGGGAAGGUGAGGAAAUCACUGUUAGCACUGAUUACAGCAUAAAGGGGGAUGCGAAGACGAUCUCCAUGAGCUACCAAAAACUGGCCGUUGACUUGAAACCUGGGAAUGUCAUCUUGUGUGCGGAUGGCACUAUAACUCUCACUGUCUUGUCAUGUGAUCCAGCUAAUGGAAUAGUGAGAUGUCGUUGUGAGAACACUGCAGUCCUGGGUGAGAGGAAGAAUGUCAAUCUUCCUGGUAUUGUGGUGGAUCUUCCCACACUCACAGAGAAGGACAAGGAAGACAUCCUACAAUGGGGUGUUCCUAACAACAUUGAUCUGAUUGCGCUCUCUUUCGUGCGCAAGGGCUCAGACCUUGUUAAUGUCCGAAAGGUGCUUGGGUCCCAUGCCAAGAACAUACAAUUAAUGUCAAAGGUCGAGAACCAAGAGGGAGUCAUCAACUUUGAUGAGAUCUUACGCGAGACGGAUUCCUUCAUGGUUGCUCGAGGUGAUCUUGGGAUGGAAAUCCCUGUCGAGAAGAUAUUCCUGGCACAGAAGAUGAUGAUAUACAAGUGUAAUCUCGUUGGAAAGCCAGUGGUAACUGCGACUCAAAUGCUUGAAUCCAUGAUCAAGUCUCCCAGGCCAACCCGUGCCGAGGCCACUGAUGUAGCUAAUGCUGUUCUUGACGGCACUGAUUGUGUCAUGCUUAGUGGGGAAAGUGCAGCUGGAGCCUAUCCAGAACUUGCUGUUAAAAUCAUGGCUCGGAUUUGCAUAGAGGCAGAAUCUUCACUUGAUUAUGGGGCCAUCUUUAAAGAGAGGAUAAAGUCAACUCCGCUGCCAAUGAGCCCGUUGGAGAGCCUUGCUUCCUCAGCUGUCCGAACCGCUAACAAGGCUAGAGCAAAACUCAUUGUCGUGUUGACUCGCGGUGGGACCACUGCAAAACUAGUUGCUAAGUAUCGACCAGCUGUCCCGAUCCUGUCGGUUGUAGUUCCAGUUUUGACAACGGAUUCUUUUGAUUGGACAUGCAGUGACGAGACCCCUGCAAGGCAUAGCCUCAUCUACAGAGGAUUGAUUCCACUCCUUGCAGAAGGAUCCGCGAAGGCGACUGAUGCAGAAUCAACAGAGGUGAUAUUGGAAGCUGCACUCAAGUCAGCAACAGGGAAGGGGUUGUGCCAGCCAGGUGAUGCUAUUGUGGCCCUUCACCGUAUUGGCGCUGCCUCGGUUAUUAAGAUCUGUGUUGUUAAGUAAUAAUAUGGAAUGUGGAGCGUUUCUGGAUUUUCUGGCUUCAGGAGGGUGCGGCAACAACUUAGGUGGACCUCCUUUUUGCUUUGUGUUCCUUUGUCAUUACUAUGGUUAAUCUACGAAAGUAUGAUAGGAUUCUAUUAUUUUCCAUUGAUUGUCAGAUAUGUUUCAGGAUCCAUAUGGAUGGUUGCCUUAAUAUGACCUUUGAUUUCCCUUUGCUUAGUAUUAAGUUUAAUAUUUAUCCAAUCACCUGCACUCUUAAA